ACCACUUCAGACGAGGCAUCACUGUCCAACAUGCUGGGCUGCUGUCCCAGUUGUUGAAUACAACAGAUAGGAUUAUUGACCGUCCGACCAUAUGGUUACCCUUGCUUUCUCAUCAAGGAUCGGAGGAGACUACGCAUGUGAUUGAUGCUUCGAGUGCUUUGAGCCGGUAAACCAGUUUCCUCUCUCGGAGACGUUUGACUCCUCCUGCACAUCCUUUUCCUUCAGCUCCUCAGCACCAGGUCGUUUCUUCCGUGGGGACUGAAACCACGCAGGCACAGCAUCAAGGUGGUUUGUGAUUGCACAGAAGAGACCAUUUGGACUCAGGAUUUGUCCUCGCAGCCUGGAUGAUGAUUCGUUGCCUCCAAACUCUGCUGCUGUUGUUGUUGGGGACUCGGCUGACCCAGAGUGCCCCCACAAUCCAAAACAAUUUCUUCUACCGCGACCUCUUCGGUGGAAAUGGCAACAGAGAAAUUCCUUUCAGUGGUGUGAGGAUCCAUGUGGACCCCGCUCAGGCAUCAGUGUUUGCAGUCAGAGGGAGCAACGUCACUCUGCCAUGCAGGUUUUGGUAUGAGCCUGAGUUGAGCUCACCAACAAGAGAGGUCAGGGUCAAGUGGUCCUGGCUCCCCGCGUCUGGGGGACAGGAAGUAGACGUGAUGGUGGCGAUCGGCUCCCGAUGUCGAAGCUUUGGGAAUUUCAGGGGCCGUGUGCAGCUCAGACGAGACGUCCCAGGUGAUGCUGCACUGUUUAUGACUGAACUCCAGUUGAAUGACACGGGCCGCUACCGCUGCGAGGUGGUGGACGGACUGGAGGACAAGAGCACUUUCAUUGACCUGGAGCUACGAGGUGUGGUGUUUCCCUACCAACACCCUCGGGGUCGUUACCUCCUGAGCUUCCUGGGAGCCCAGCAGGUCUGUGAGGAGCAGGACUCCUCGCUGGCCACCUUCACACAGCUCCUCCAGUCCUGGAAGGAGGGCCUGAACUGGUGCAAUGCCGGCUGGCUGGCUGACGGGACAGUCCAGUACCCCAUCACCCGACCCAGAGUGCCCUGCGGGGGGCACGGCCUCGCUGCGGGUGUUCGAAACUACGGCAGACGGCGCCUGCACCUUCAUCACUACGAUGUCUUCUGCUUCACCUCCUCACUCCGAGGGAGAGUCUACUAUCUUCAACCCUAUCGCAAGAUGAACCUGACCGAGGCUCAGCAGGUGUGUCAUGAGGACGGGGCGGAGGUCGCCAAAGUUGGACAGCUCUACGCUGCCUGGCAGUUCAGAGGGUUGGACCACUGUGACGCUGGCUGGCUGGCUGACGGAAGCGUUCGCUAUCCCAUCACCAGGCCACGCAAAAACUGUGGGCCCUCCGAGCCAGGGGUCCGCAGCUUUGGCUUCCCACCACCACAGCACAAGCAUGGAGUCUACUGCUACAAAUCAGUGGAUGAAUGAAAGAAUAUAGAUGCCCACAGCUCCUCUUAUUCGGUCAGAAAUGUAAAGUUGACUGAGAAAAUAUUUUGAAAAUAUAUUAGAGAGUAAUGUCUUUUUAGCAGUGUCAUUAAUACUGUGGUAACCACUGGUUUUCAACCUGGGCUCCAUAAUUGGGUCGUAAUAUGAUUAGAUAAGAGGUAGAUAAUGAAAUAUUGCAAAAUUAUAUGAUACAAAUAGAAAAGAACUCUACAAAAGAUUCUAUAUGCAUGAUAUACAAAGAGUGCACGUAACUACUUUGUGAAAGUAGGCUAAAAAUAAACGGAAGAGGAUAACAGAAUAAACUGUUUAUCUUGUGAGGUCCUGGGUGAUUUUACAUCUCCGUGCCUCGAGAAAACAAUCACUCUAUGCUUUACUUGGUAAUCGACAGUGUUGAUGCUGAUUUUUCCUUCCGAGGGGAUAUUUUCAGUGUAUAAUGGACAGUGAAGAUGAAGAUAGGAAACAUGGGGAGAGAUGGGUGUAAAAAUAAAUAAGUAUCCCGCUUGUAAAUCAAAUCAGCGAUGUUGUGGUUAUAAAACUCGAAAACCAGGAUGAUUCAGCAGGUUGGGAACCACAAUUGUUAUUGUACAUUUUAAUGUAGCACACGACAGAAAAGCAUUUACUUUACUGUGAUCUUGUCUCACUGUUCAUGGCAUACACUGUUAAAAUUAGCAUUUGCAAAUUUGCAUUAGCUCUUGUACUGGAAAGUCUAUUCAAACUCAGGCAUGUGGAUUGUGAGUUGAGAUUAAUGUGUUCCUUACACUUCUACUGUAUAACCAUGUACCUCAGGUGAUUUUCACACAAUAAUUAUUUUACAUAACUGCAAAUAUAACUUAUUUUUGU